GCUAUUCGAGCCGCUUGCGUGCUUCCCUCUAGUCAAGCAGAUAUUAUCCAAGAUGGUGCUGUUGUAGUGUAUAGUAACUGCAUCACAAAGGUUGGAAUACGGGACUUGUUAAAGGAUUCUUACAGAGCCUCGACGGUAGAAGACCUUGGGGAUGUGACUCUAAUGCCGGGCCUUUUUAACUGCCAUAUGAGCUAU